UCGCCGAAACUCUUGGUUUCCGCCACCCGCCUUCCGGCCGCGGGCAGCCCAGGCGCGAGCGCUUCGAGGGACCGCGCGGUGGGCUGGCGAGGUUACUUCAGAGGGGUGCUGUUACCCCUCACACAUGUCUCCCAGGUGUUGACUCCAGCAGAGUUUCGAGCUUGGGAAUCUGUGUCUCCAUUCUUUGAACACACUCAAGAGCUGCGGUGCUCACGGUGGAUGAAGGUCCGUGAGGCGGGUGCACAGAAUGGCUGGGAGAAGGCUGUUGGGCCUGGGCGGGCAGCGCCAGCUCCUGGGGCUGCUGAUGGGCCGUGGCCGGCAGUCCACCUGGCCGCCUGCCCCUACACCAAGGUGGAGGAGAGCUUCAACCUGCAGGCUGUGCACGACCUGCUCUACCACCGGCUGGAUGUGGAGAAGUUUGACCACCUCGAGUUCCCCGGCGUGGUCCCCAGGACGUUCCUCGGGCCACCUGGCUGA